AAAAUUAAAAAUAUUAUUUUGAUUUAAAUUAAUUGUGGAUUUAAUUUUGAAAGUUCAUAUAAAAAACAUUGUAUUUCAUUGUUGGGAGUGGAAAAAUUAUACUAAUUGAUCCCUUCACUGAGUGCUAAAAGAGGAAAAAAAACAAAAGGAAAAGAAAGUGGUCAGUAGUCACAAUAGAAGAACAAAAUGCACCGAUCCGACUGAGAUGAAAGGGCUUUUCAUUGGUCAGCCCAUAGGCAACCUGACAAAAAUGGUCCCAGCCUCUGAGGAUCUGCCCAGAAACCUUUUUCGAAAAUUAAAAAAAGAAGUCUCAAAUAAUAUAAAAAAAUAAGAGAAUAAAAGAAAAAAGGAAAACCGUUGGAUGCCACACUUGCCGAUAUCCUCCCCAAUCCAUAACCAUACACGUCAUCAAUCUGCAUCUAUUACCCUAUUCGUCCGCUCUCGGGCGAUGUAAAUCACGUGCUUCCUCCAACUCACCCGUCCAACGCCAUCCAAAAAAAAAAGAAAAAUGGAAGUCUACAUUUCUAUUCUCUUUUCCUUCUUUUACUCAUAUUUCUUUCGCUCAUUGUUUCAAAGACUAGUCUCUAAUGUCUAGCUUUCAUCUCCCAUUCUUCACCGGCACUUCCACAAGGUCUACGUUUUCCUUCUCGAUCAAAUCUUCUUCUUUUCCUUCUUCGUUUUCUUCUUCUUUGGUUCCGUUUCAGCGAUUCGACCGCUUUCGAUCUACUUCCAGAACAACAACCAGGAGUUUCUCUUGCGUGUUUUACUCCUUGAAAGCUAAGGCAAUGGCUGAGCUCGUUCAAGAUAAGGAAUCCGGUGCCGCUGCCACCGGUAGUGGUGGAGGCGUGAGGCCGGAGGUUGAGCAUUCCCGUACCUUCCUUGAAGCUCGCUCCGAGCAAGAACUCCUCUCUGGAAUUAGGAAGGAAGUAGAAGCAGGAAGGCUACCUCCAAAUGUCGCAGCAGGAAUGGAAGAAUUGUAUCAGAAUUAUAGAAAUGCAGUUUUCCAAAGUGGAGAUCCUGCAGCUGUUGGGAUUGUGUUGUCAAACAUGGCUGUUGCAUUUGACCGUAUGCUUUUGGAUUUGCGGACAGUAAUUUUUCAGGAUCCUUUUGUCUUUGAAACCUAUCACCGAGCUUUGCGAGAGCCAUUUGACUACUACAUGUUUGGUCAAAAUUAUUUUCGGCCUUUGAUUAAUUUCAGAAAUUCAUAUGUUGGCAAUCUUUCUCUUUUCUAUGAGAUAGAAGAGAAGCUAAAGCAGGGUCACAAUGUUGUACUUAUAUCAAACCAUCAAACUGAAGCUGACCCACACAUCAUUGCAUUAUUGCUUGAGAAAACAAAUCCACAUGUCGCUGAGAACAUGAUCUAUGUUGCAGGGGAUAGAGUCAUAGCUGAUCCUCUUUGCAAGCCUUUUAGCAUGGGAAGGAAUCUUUUAUGCGUGCACUCCAAAAAGCACAUGUUUGAUGUUCCUGAGCUUGCUGAGAUGAAAAGAAGAGUGAACACAAGAAGUCUGAAAGAGAUGGCUUUGCUGCUAAGGGGUGGCUCAAAAAUAGUAUGGAUUGCACCAAGUGGUGGCAGGGACCGCCCAGAUCCCUUUACAGAAGAAUGGUAUCCAGCACCUUUUGAUUCUUCUUCAGUGGACAAUAUGAGAAGGCUCAUAGAACAUUCAGGUGCAGCAGGGCAUAUAUAUCCCUUGGCUCUAUUGUGCUAUGACAUCAUGCCCCCUCCACCCCAGGUAGAAAAAGAAAUUGGAGAAAAAAGAAUCAUCACAUUUCAUGGAGCUGGAUUAUCAAUAGCGCAAAAAAUCAGCCUCCCAGAAAUUGCCGCUUCUUGUGAAAAGUCUGAAGAGGCUAAGGAUGUAUAUACGCAAGCUCUGUAUAAAUCUGUGACCGAGCAAUACGAUGUCCUCAAAUCUGCUGUACAUGGCAAACAAGGGUUAGAGGCAUCAACUGCAGGUCAAGUCUUUUCAUUGCAUAAAUUUCUGACUCAUAACAAGAAAGCCAUCAGAUUCGUACAUAAACGAAUGCUCUGCAAGAAGAACCCUAUUUUUUUCUUGAUGCCUAUCAAUGACAUCAACGGUAGAUUGCCUUUUAUUGGAGCCGAAUCCAUCAGAAAUUGAAGCUAUCCCAAAAGUACUGCUUCAGGGCAAAGGGGAAGAUCACAAGCACAAUCCCCACUGCAUCUUCCCAUUUGUUAAACUAAACUCAAGACAAAGCACGAGAAUGCCUUUCCUUUCACUUCUUUUAUGUUUUUUUUUUUUUUUUAUAUAUAUAUAAAUUUGGGUUACAACAACCAUAAAUACAAGGGCAUGCCUUUCUUUAUGUACCUACUGUUAUUUGAUUAAUGUUGGUUCCACGAGGUUUUUGUGGUGAAGGGUGAGGCUUUAGUGCUCUGCCAAUGUGCCAGAUUCUUGGAAAUUAAACCUAAUUUAUGAUAGGUGUCUGUGAUUUUUCUUCAAUGUUGCCAAAAAAUGCAGAAUGAUAGUUUUUUCUGAAAAUUGUUGAUUUCUCAUGUUUUGUACUUUUCCAAGGAAAAGCAUGAGAAUAAAAUCUUUUUAGGCAGGCUUGAUUCUUAUUACUCUUUCAACCAAUUAUUAUGUCCUUUUUGAACUGAUUGUGUCCUCCACCACCUCCUCCUUUUAUCUAUUUUCUUCUAACAUAAUUAUGAUUAUCCUCCAUUUUGAUUCACACCCAAAGCCACAUGUAAAAUCUAACUCCAUUGUAAUUUUCUUUUGGUAAUUGAAAUAAUUAAAAUUAAAAUAAAUCAAUGGCACAAUCUUUCUGUUGUUAUUCUCCAAUUUCAUCAUUUUUCUUGUCAUACUUGAUUGAACUUUCCGAUUAAAAUGCUUGAUAAAUAACGGUUUAAUUUGGGAAAAAGGGUAAGAAUGCAAGAGAAAAGAGUAGACCCUAGCUAGUGGCUACUAAAGAUAUUGGAAAAUUCCCUGCCAAAUAUUAUUGCAGGGUAGAAUUUGACCUAUUGAGCACGUGGCGGCUGGAGACUGGUGGGAAGUGGGGUCACGAGACCCGUCAGAUGCACAAAAUGCUGUAGUGGGUGAGGCAUCACCAUCGGAUAAGCUCAUUGGGAUCCCUUUUGACUUGAUUUACGAAGUCAAAUGAGAAAUAAAGGUUGGAAUUGAAACCCCCCCAAAGAUACAAAUGUCGCCUGAACAAGUGGGUUGUGAUGCCCACG